UGAUAUCAUGCUGUCAGCUGCAGCAGAAGAAGAGAAGCUCCCAUCAGAUCACCUUCAAUACCAACCAUGUUCUCUGUAGCUCUGCUGCUGCUGCUGCUGGCUGCUGGAUCCUGUGUGAAGUGUGAACAGUUGACACAGCCAGCCUCUGUGACUGUGCAGCCAGGUCAACGUCUGACCAUCACCUGUCAGGUCUCUUAUUCUGUGGGCAGCUACUGGACAGCUUGGAUCAGACAGCCUGCAGGGAAAGGACUGGAGUGGAUUGGAAUGAAAUAUACUGGAGGCACUCACUACAAAGAUUCACUGAAGAACAAGUUCAGUAUCAGCUUAGACUCUUCCAGCAACACAGUGACUCUAAACGGACAGAAUGUGCAGCCUGAAGACACUGCUGUGUAUUACUGUGCCAGAUAUAGCGGCUAUGGCCACUUUGACUACUGGGGAAAAGGAACAACCGUGACGGUCACAUCAGCCACUGCAAAUGCACCAACUGUGUUUCCUCUGAUGCAAUGUGGUUCUGGGACUGGAAACACAGUCACUCUUGGUUGCCUUGCCACCGGCUUCACACCCUCCUCACUGACCUACUCAUGGCGCAUAGUAAAUGGGGCUGCCUUGACAGACUUCAUUCAGUACCCUCCAGUACUGAAAGACAACCUUUAUACUGGAAUAAGUCAAGUCAAAGUGAGAAAACAGGACUGGGACGCCCUGAAAGCCUUCAGAUGUGAUGUGACACAUACAGCGGGAAAUCAACAUGUUAUUAUCACAAAGCCAAAGGAGCGGGUUGUGCCUCCAAGCAUCACAUUACACCCUGUCUGGGACAAUGUCCCUGUCGGGGCCUCAUCAGUCAGACUUGUCUGCACCCUAAGUGGCUACUUUCCAGACGAACUGAGUGUGGAGUGGAAGCGGGACAACCAACGUCUACAACCUGCCAAAAGCCCAACGAAGCUGCAGAGUGCGGAGGGAACAGAGAAAACCUUCAGUCUAACCAGUGAGAUUGAGCCAAAAACAACAGAUUGGGAACGAGGCUCAAAGUUUACAUGCAAGUCAACUCACAAAGAUCAGGAAUAUAUAAAAACAAUAAGCAUUUGUCAAAUCCAUGAAAGCGCCCCUCCCUCCAUCCAUGUGGCGAUUCCCAGCUUCAAGACAGUAAUGAUGGCAACAGGAUCCAACGUGGAAGCAACAUGUUUGGUCCGCUCUGAUUAUGACGCCAGGUUGACCUGGCGGAUAAAUGGGAGAGAUGCACAACGUGAACAAGUUACGCAGGACAAAAACUCAACAUAUAUAUUCAGUACUGUGACGGUUUCUUCAACUGAGUGGAAAAAAAUAAAGUUAAUAACAUGUAAAGCUGAACAUCAGUGCUUCUCACCCACUGAAAAGACCGUGAAUGUUGCAGGGCCUGCAGUUACAACUCCUGUGGUCACGAUCAGGAGAUCUCUUAAUGAAUUGCUGAAGGGGAACAGUGCUGUGCUGGAGUGUGACGUCACAGGACUCUCAUCACAUGACCUGUAUAUCACUUUUCAAGCUGGCACCUCUGACAUCUCUGAAAAACUGUAUGUUGAUCUUCCUGAAGCCCCAGGCCCGCAUUCAAUCAGUAGAAGCUUCCCUGUCCCGCCAGAGCACUUCAAGAAAGACAAAAGUUUCACCUGCAAAGUGUACCAAGGCUUCUCUGUGGAUUUUACAUCAAACUCCAUUGGAAAUAUUUUUGCGGACCCGUCAAUCAAACUUCUUCUGGCCCCCAGUGAAGAGUCAGGAUCACAGACACUCGUAUGCUCUGGACGGGGCUUCAACCCUCACAUUCAAUGGUCUUCUGAGUCUCAGCAAAGAGCUCCAUCAACUAAUGACAUCAGCAUGGGUGCAGAUGGGCGUGUGACAGUGACCAGUCAACUUCAAAUCACUCACACAGAGUGGAGCACAGGGAAGGUCUUCACUUGUCAAGUAUCAGACAAGUCCCUGGGCAAAAACAUCAGAAAGGACAUCAGCCUCUGCUCAGUAACUCCAGCAUCAUCUCAGGUGGUUGGCGUAUAUGUUCAGGGACCGCCACCACAGGAGCAUCAGUACAAGGGACAGGUGACUAUCACGUGUCUGCUGGUCGGCCCUUCUCUUGAUGAUUUCUCCGUCACCUGGAAAGUAGACGGGAAGAAAUAUUCCCAAAAUGUCCAUAGGGAGCCACCAGUGAGUCACAGCAAUGAGACGGAGACAAUGCAGAGCACCCUCAGUGUGUCAGCGGAGGAUUGGCAUGCACAUAAACGAGUGUCUUGUGAGGCAAAGCACCGAUGUUCCAACAAAGGCUACGAGGACCACAUCAGCAAAAGCAGAGAGCUGCACCCACCAGCAGUGAAGAUAAUAGAACCGGCUGCCUCUGACCUGUCUACGUCUGACUUCCUCACACUCAUUUGCCUCGUGUCUGGAUUUUUCCCAUCUAACAUCAUAGUGUACUGGGAGGAGAAUGACCAGAGACUCCCUUCAACUGUCUACACCAACAGUCCUGCAUGGAAAUACACAGGGAGCAGCACUUAUUCAAUGAGCAGCAGACUAAAUACAUCAAAAACUGAGGACAAGGAGUCUACGUAUUCUUGUGUUGUCAGACAUGAGUCAUCUUUUGAGAGCACUAUAAAGGAUGUGUAUGCCUCAGUGACCCAUAGCAAACCUUCAGUUACCUUGCUCCAGGGCUCUGGUGAACUUGUGUGCCUGGUGUUUGGCUUCAGCCCUGAGUCCAUUAAUAUCACCUGGUUUCUUGAUGACACUGGGGAACUGCUGGAAUACAACACUAGUGAACCACACAGAGGCCCAGACGGGAAGUUCAGCAUCCAAAGCCACCUUCGUCUGUCCAAAGCCAGCAGGUUCCUUGGGGCAGUCUUCACCUGCAGGGUGACACAUGCAAACACCAUUUUAAACACCACCCUAUCCCUGGAUGUAUCUAACCCAGAAAUCUUAGAGGACUGUAAUUUCUUAGAUGACAUCAGGCAUAUUGAUGUCAACCACAGCAAAGGUGUGGACAGCUGGUAUACGGCUUUCGCCUUCCUCCUUUUCUUCCUCAUAUCCCUCAUCUAUGGUGUCCUUGCUACCAUGAUUAAGACUAAAUGAUGAUGAUCUCACAGGACAGAUCCCAUUCUAUGAUCCAAAUAUGUGACCUGAGGAUUUCUGAUGGCAUAUGGUUUUCCUAGUUUUAAAGUUUGAUUAAAUCUAUUAUUAUUAUUAUUAUUAUUUUUUAAUGGAACUGGUUUGUACUGUAUUCAUUUAUUUUUUGCAUGUACGUUAUAUAUUUGGUGUGGCUUGUAUGUGGUGCAUUAAUAAUAAAUAAUGAAGCUUUGAAUUCUAACUUUAAGAUUCAAAUGCUAAUGUAAUGAGCAAAUAUUAUAUCACUGGACAUGUUGCAUUUACAAAAAAAUAAAUAAAAUAAAGAGUGAAAUAUUUCAAGGA